GCAACGCGCAGACACACAGACCGCGUUACCUCGUGCGCUCGGACCGCGUCUCGCGCUGCUGGGAGUUCACUAGCGAGACUUCAGUUCCCCGUCGCUCAAGGACAGAUAAAGCGAGAGAGUGGUGUCUUUUCUUUUUUAGAUUAACAGAGGAAGAAUUAGGUCAUCGCAUUCUGUUCGAAGUGUUGGGCUCAUCAUGAAGAUGUGCGUGAUAACAGCGAUGCUUUUCCUGGUGCUCUCCGGGCAGUGCGGCAUCCUGGCUGGGAAAGUGAAUAAGCACAAACCAUGGAUCGAGACGUCUUAUCAUGGUGUCAUCAGUGAGAAUAUGGACACUGUACUGCUAGACCCUCCCCUGGUCGCACUGGACAAAGACGCUCCUGUCCCUUAUGCAGGAGAGAUCUGUGCAUUUAAGAUUCAUGGGCAGGAGGCCCCGUUUGAGGCCGAGGUGUUGAACAGGACAUCGGGAGAAGGGGUGCUAAGGGCCCGGGGCCCCAUAGACUGCGAGCAGCAGAAGGAGUACACCUUCAUCAUCCAGGCCUACGACUGUGGAGCCAGCCCGAGUGGAGCCAACUGGAAAAAGAGUCACAAGGCGGUGGUUCAUAUCCAGGUGGAUGAUGUAAAUGAGUUUUCCCCAGUGUUCAGGGAGCCGUUGUAUCGUGCCACUGUAACCGAGGGCAAGAUCUAUGACAGCAUCCUACAGGUGGAGGCCUGGGAUCAGGACUGCUCUCCACAGUACAGCCAAAUCUGCAACUAUGAGAUUGUUACACAGGAGACACCUUUUGCUAUUGAUCGAAAUGGCAACAUCAGGAACACGGAGCGACUGAGCUAUGACAAACAGCAGCACUACAAAAUCAUGGUGACUGCUUACGAUUGUGGCCAGAAGAGGGCGAUGGAGAGCGUUCCAGUUCACAUUGAUGUCAAACCAGUGUGCAAGCCUGGCUGGCAAGGUUGGAACAAGCGUGUGGAUUAUGAACCUGGAACAGGCAGCAGACAGCUCUUUCCCAAGAUGCACCUGGAGACCUGUGAUGGCCCUUUAUCUUCAGUGCGAGCCAUGGUGGAGCUACAGACCAGCCAUAUUGGGAAGGGCUGUGACAGAGAGACCUAUUCUGAGAAGUCUCUUCAGAAGCUCUGUGGAGCAGCCUCGGGCAGCACAGACCUUCUCCCAGCCCCCAGCGUGUCCACCAAUUGGACGGCUUCCUUGCUGACAGACAGCGGCCGAGACAGCGACCUCAUCUUCAGAUUUGAUGGGCGACAGGCGGCCAAUAUCCCAGAGUGGGUUGUGCCACAGAACUUGACAGAUCAGUUUACCAUAGCAACAUGGAUGAAGCAUGGGCCAAGUCCUGGACUGAGAGCCGAGAAGGAGACAUUGCUCUGUAAUUCAGAUAAAACUGAGAUGAACAGGCAUCAUUACUCCCUGUACGUGCACAACUGCCGUCUGGUGUUUCUGCUGAGGCGAGACUUCAUUCAGCUGGACUCCUUCAGGCCGGCAGAGUUCCACUGGAGACUGGAACAGAUCUGUGACAAAGAGUGGCAUUACUACGUCAUCAAUGUGGAGUUUCCUUCAGUGACGCUCUUCGUAGACGGAGUGACGUACGAACCCUACCUUGUGACAGAUGACUGGCCCAUCCACCCUUCUGAGAUCGAUGUACAGCUAACCGUAGGUGCCUGCUGGCAAGGAGGAGAGGUGACCACUCCACGGUUCACUCAGUAUUUCCGGGGAAGCCUCUCAGGCUUGACUAUCCGACCUGGAAAGAUCGCAACUCAAAAGGUGAUCUCCUGCCUACAGGCUUGCAAGGAGGGCCUGGACAUCAGCUCACUUGAAAGUCUGGGCAAAGGCAUAAAGUUCCACUUCAACCCGGCUCAGUCAGUGCUGGUCAUGGAGGCAGAUGACUUGGAGAGCAUCAACACAGCCAUGACAAAAGUUUCCUACAUCAACUCUCGGCAGUUUCCCACUCCCGGUCUGCGCAAACUCCACAUAACCACCACGGUUCAGUGUUUCGGUGAAGAUACAUGCAUCUCCAUUCCAGACAUCAAGGCGAUGGUGAUGGUGAUGCCGCCCAGCGAACCUCGGAUCACCAUUGCUGGAGUGAAGUGGCUGGUUUGGCCCGUGGCUCAGCUCCGAGCUCCUGUCGGGGUGGCCCUUUUCAAGGACAUACACAUCAUUAGUACCGUCACCAAGACCGACGCCACCCUCAGCAUAGCCCGGAGGCCAGGCGUCCUGGAGUUGAUGCAUAACCUGGAUUAUUGUGAUGUGCUGGUGAUCGGAGAGGAGCUGGACCCGGAGUGGGAGAGUCUGGAGAUCCACCACAGCUCUCUCUUGGGCAAACAUCUGGAUGCCACUAACUCUACCUCUGGCAUCUCCAUCUACGGUGUUGACUCCAUGGCACAUUAUGAACAGGCCAUCAGGCAGGUGAGGUACCGUAACUGGAAGCCUGGCGGUCUGUCUGAGAGAAGGUUCCGGCUCAGUUGCUCUGAACUGAAUGGACGCUACACAAGCAAUGAGUUCAACUUGGAGAUUGGAGUAGUGCACAGUUCAGAGGCUGUGGAACAUGUCAAUCACAUGGCCGUCCAAUCCCAGUACAUGAGACCUGUGCAUCAUCCACUGGUGGUUCAUACGGCCAACUCUGAUCACAUCUCAGGCACACCUCCUGCUGCCACAGUGGUCAUUGUAAUGUGCAUCGCUGCUCUGGUGGUCAUUGUGGUCUUGGGCAUCUACCGCAUCCACACCACCCACCAGGACGGCUCAAAAGAGGACGAAGAGGGAAGAAAAGACCCAGAGAUGGACUGGGACGACUCCAAUCUCAACAUCACUGUUAAUCCCAUGGAGAGCAUUGACGGGACUCAGAUUGCUGAGGAGGUGAGGGAGGAGGAGCCAGAGGAAGAGGAGGAUGAAGACGAAGAGGAUGAUGAACUGUCAGGAGAUCUCUCUAGUGCUGAAUCCGAGGACACUGAUGAAGAGGAAGAGACUAACAUUCUGAAGGGAAAAGUGAAUGGAAAGCUGGAGUGGGACCCGUCUACGUUACCCUAUUAAAACACACACACAGUCUCUCUCACACACACACAUGCAUACACCUUCACACAAGCAAGAUUCACACGCAGACAUAGACUUGUGCACACACACGUACACAUGUAUACAUAAAACACUCGCAUUUAAUGCCCUCUCACACUUACAGAAGCCAGAAUUUAUUGCCUGAAAAGCUGUCACACUUCAACCUGAUUUUGACUCUGUCCAACAGCCACAAAAAGCAUCCUGUACCGCCAUCUGCUGGUCAAUAUUGGGAAGCGCACCCCUCAGUCCAAACGCUGCGAAGCUUCCAUGUACUUCUGUAGUGUAUAAGCUGCAGUGUCUCAGUAGAUCCGCAAAAAUGAAAGAUAAAUUGACACAAUGGAAUAAAUUGUGAAUCAACAUCUCUGGGAUGUUUUUUUUUUUUUUUUUUUACGUUUACUGUUUUUUGUACAUUUUGUUCUGAUUAAUCAGAUUAUAAUCUAACAUCAUGAUGCUUUCUCCCUUUCUGAAAUACUAAACUGUAAUAUUUGACAGUGUGGCUAUGCCUUCACCAUUUGUUGUCUUCAGAGUAACGUUUAAUAUUGCAUUGAUGUGCAAUAGUAAAUACCCAAAAGUUGUUUUUUCAAUGAAAGUAUAUAAUAAUGAUAUUUUCUUCAUUUGAAAUUUAGAAAAUAGUUUUAUUUUAGAUCCUCAGAGAGAUUUUGAUUGAGACGGUUCUCUUUUAACAAAAGGUAUAUAGUAAUUUAUGGAAGCUUGUUUCCGCUACAGAAUAAAAAAUCUAAAAAAAUAUAUAAUUGUGACUUUUUAUCUCACAUUUUUUUCUCGUAAUUGCAAGUUUACAUCUUGCAAAGUGGGAUUGUGAGAUAUAAACUCACAAUUGCAAGAAAAAAGUCAGAAUUGAAAGUUUAUAUCUCACAAUUCUUUCUUUAUUUCUCAGAAUUGCGAGUUCGGACUUUAUAACUCGCUAUUGUGAGUUUAUAUCUAACAAUUCUCAGAAAAAUGUCAGAACUGCGGAUAUAAACUUGCAAUUUUGUAAAAUAAACUCACAACUGAGGAAAAAAAGUCAGAAUUGUGGAAUAUAAGCUUGCAGUUGCAAGAAAAAGUAAGAAUUGUGACUUUAUUUCACUGAAUUGUGAGUUUCACAAGUAUAUUUCACAAUUUGGAUUUUAUAGUUUACAAUUGUGAGUUUAUAUCUUACAAUUUGGAGAAAAAAAAAAGUCAGAAUUGCAGGAUGUAAACUCACAAUUUUGACAAAGUCGCAAUUGUGGAAAAGUCUGAAUUGCAAGUUUAUAUUUCGCAAUUCUGACUUUAGAAUUUGCAAUUGUGAGUUUAUAUCUUUUUUAUAUCUUGAGUUGCGAGAAAAAAGUUAUAAUUGUUUGAUGUAAACUUGCAAUUGCAAGAAAAAGUAAGAAUUGCGAUUUCAUUUCACAAUUCGGAUUUUAUAACUUACAAUUGCGAGUUCAUAUCUCACAAUUCUGAGAAAAAAGUCAGAAUUGCGGGACAUAAACUCGCAAUUUUGAGAAAUAAAGACGCAAUUGCGAAAAAAGUCAGAAUUGUGAGUUUAUAUCUCGCAGUUUUUACUUUAUUUCUCAGAAUUGCAAGUUUAUGUUUUGCAAUUUGGACUUUAGAAUUUGCAAUUGUGAGUUUAUAUCUUUUUCAUAUCUUCAAUUGAAUUGUGGGAUAUAAACACGCAAUUGCAAGAAAAAGUAAGAAUUGCGACUAUUUUUAAGAAUUGCGAGCUUAUAUUUUGCAAAUUGGAUUUUAUAACUCACAAUUGCAAGUUUAUAUCUCACAAUUUUGAGAAAUAAAGUCGCAUUUGCCAAAAAAAAAGUCAGAAUUGCACGUUCAUAUCUCGCAAAUUUUACUUUAUUUCUCAGAAUUGCAAGUUUAUAUUUUGCAAUUUGGACUUUAGAAUUUGCAAUUGUGAGUUUAUAUCUUUUUUACAUCUUCAGUUGCGAGAAAAAAAGAAUUGUGGGAUAUAAAUUCGCAAUUGCAAGUUUAUAUCACAGUUCUGAGAAAAAAAGUCAGAAUUGCGGGAUAUAAACUCGCAAUUUUGAGAAAUUAAGUCGCAAUUGCGAAAAAAAAAGUCAGAAUUGCAAGUUUAUAUUUCAGACUUUAGAAUUUGCAAUUGUGUUUUUAUCUUUUUUAUCUUGAGUUGCGAGGAAAAAAUGUAAGAAUUAUGGGACAUAAGUCAGAAUUGUGAGUGAAAAAUUUGCAGUUACCUUUUUUUCCCCCCCUUUUUAUUCAGUGGUGGAAACAAACUUCCAUAGUAAUGAAAUCAAACUUUCUUUUCCCUUUUUCUCGGUGGUAAGAUAGGAGGAAGCGUGUCUGUACAUUUUUAUAUGCCUGUCUUCUGUACAUAGGGAACUGUAGAGUAGUUGAAUGGUGACUCAGACUCCUCACGUCCUCCUGCAUCCCUCACACAGCCUGUUUGUGUCCACACUUGCUUGCUGAAGAGGAAGGUUCCUCCUCCUCCUCCUCUCUCUGUCUGUGUUGAUCUCUUUUAUCGUUCAUGGUGUCCUCCUCACCUCACCUGCGGAUGGUUUCUCCCUCACUCCACCUCAAAUAGAUUUGUCCGAGCCUCUGUAGACAAAGGCACUUUUAAACUAUUAAAGGAAAGAAAAUAGAAGAAAAUUGUUCAGUGAUUUUAGCCUGGGGCUAUUUUGGUAUGUUGUGAAGGUCUUUACUAACCUCCCCGGAGUGUACAGUUCAAUUAAAUCUUCAGGAAAAGAAAAAAAAAAAAAGGGAUGUAAGAAAAGUACAAACAAAAGCAAAGUCUUUUGACAGAGUAAAAGCAUUUAGCAGUGUCACAGAGGUGUUUGUUUUCCUAUAGAGGAGAGUUUAAUAGAUGACACUUAUGUUUUCCCCUGAACAUGUGCGUUUAUGAAUAUGUGCAUUGGGUUUCAUGUAAUGUCUGUUGCAGUGGUUAGGAUUUCUCAUCCCAUCAGCCAAAACGUGCUUGUGAUGUCAGCCUUGUGAGACAUCCCGUCCCCCUCCGUCCACCUCCAGACCUUUCAUUCCUAUAUUUCGCUUGUCCUUUUUACCAUGUGUGUUAUAGAACAGGUACAAAAAAAUAAACUUUUAAAAAGAUCAACCCUGUAAAAUCAUGUAAGACUAUUCUUUUGUAUAUGUUUCUCUCCUUUUGUUUUGUAAAGGGUUUUUGUUUAACUUCUUUGAUGGUCACUGCAGCACUUUCUGUACAUUGACCAAUAAAGACUUUCCUUAGAAUGA